AUGGACAAGAAGGGGAAUGAAGGAGGGACUAUACAUCAAAAUGAUGCAUCAGGCAUUCUUACUCAAAGAAAAUCAAAAAUACAUUCGGAUGAAGAAAUGGUAAUACAAUAUCCUAAUUAUGGAAUUCACCAGAACGUGAAGAAACAAGACAUGCAAAGAAAGAGAACAGAUCAAAGUGUUAAAAAUUCUAUUUAUCAAAAUAUUUUUAACAGAGAUCUCUUUAUGAAUAUAUUUAAAAAAAAAAACUGCAAUAAUAUACAUGAAAAAUGUAAAGAAAAUGAUGGAAAAAGAGAGAAACAUAAAGAAGCAAUGUGUAUGAAUAAGCAAGAUGUAAAUGAAGAUGAGGAGUACAUGUUAUUUUUAAGUUACAUAUAUAAUGAUGUAAAGUCAUUUAUUGAAAGUAAUAAAAAUUAUCACUUAACAAAUUCCAACUUUUCAGAUAUUGAAGAUCUCAUAUUAGACAUAUGUGAUACCAUCUGUCGAGAUGCCUUUCGUAACAUAAGGUCUAUAUUUAAAUCACAUAAACAGGGAGUUGACACUAACACAAUUGAAUUCUCACACGCAAACGAUGGUAGUAGUGUAGACCAUGAUUACAGUGCUAGUGGCAGUGACAGUCAUAAGCAGCAUAAGGAAACGAGUGAUAAAAGCAAAAGAAAGAAUUUAAAACAUAGCUACAAAACCACAAAUGAAUCUUCUUUCUUUUUCAUACCCCCAAUGGAAUUCCUAGUUACACAUAUUCACAAGCUAAGCACCAAAAAAAGUGCUCUCAAUGACAAUAGUCCCAUGCCAUCCAACCUUAAAGAAUUCUUAAAGAACAAUAACUUUGAUCAGCACCCUAUAUUUGCUACACCUCAUGUAGAAAAUGAAUCCUUAAGUUAUGACAAAAUCAUGUCUCAGGAAGUGGAAGUAAUAAAGGGAAAUGAUCCACAGGUUCCCGCUGCAUCUGAUAUUUUUGCAAAAAGAGGUGAAUCAUUCCUCUUAAAUGAAAAUAGAACUUCUUUUCGUAAGGGAAAUUUCAACACGCCCCAUUCAGAGUGUCAACCAGAUUGCAAACCAGACUAUCAACCAGAUUGCAAACCAGACUGUCAAUCAGAUUUCAAUUCAUAUGGGCAUGCCAACACACAAGGGCAGUUCCCCAUUCUCAAGGGUAGAGAAAAAGAGAACAUAUGUGAUUACACACACACAGGAAUGAAUUCAUAUCCCAAAAAAAUGUUUCAAAUGCAAAAUGAAAAUAAGCUACGGGAUUUUGAAAAUACAACAUAUGAUAUUUUCACGAAUGGAACCAAACAUAAAGAUGAACUGCUUAAAAUAUUGCAUGUUGAUUACACACCAAGGGAAUGUUCAAAGGGUAAUAAUACCAAUUUAAAUGUCGACUCGAACAUUCAUAAAGACAAAUAUCUCAUGAAUUUUCCUACGUACAAAGAAAAUAAAUCUAGUUAUCAUUAUCCACAGUAUCACAAUGAAUGCAUAUCAUCGCCCAUACAAAAAGUAACAAGUUGCCUGAACAUAAAAGAUCCGAUCAACCAUUCUUCAACCUCAAAAUCUGACAGUGUUCAUAUUUUUAACUCAAAAAAUGGAGAUUCAAAUGAGAAUCCUCUGCCUCAUAACAUUCCAGACAAAGAAGAUGUAACCCCAAAUUAUUAUUUUUUCCCUGAUGAAAAAAUUAUGAAUGAUAAUACAAAGGGGAGCCAUGCGUCCCAUGGUGGAAUAAAUCGCUCAAACGCGUCUAACCAUUCUGAUCAUUCUAACCAUUCUGGUCAUUCUAACCAUUCUGAUCAUUCUAACCAUUCUGAUCAUUCUAACCAUUCUGGUCAUUCUAACCAUUCCGAUCAUUCUAACCAUUCUGGCCAUUCUAAUCGUGGAAAUGUCGAUAGGGAUGCGGGGAAAGUGGAAUUCGAGGAAUACCUUAAUGACUAUGUUAAGCAGACGAAUAUGAAUUAUGAUAACCAAGAUAUGGAUACGAAUGAUGAAGACAUGGAAAGUGAUGAAGACGAGAUGGAAGGUGGCGAAAAUGAAGAGGACUAUGGUGAUGACCAGAUGGGACGUGAUAAAAACGAGCUCAAUGCCGCCUGGAGAGAAGAUAACAGAAUGCAUAUGAAAACUUUUACCAACGCAGAAUCUCAUCCAAGCGACCAGUUUCCCACACAUUCAGAUAACAAACCACGAAAAACACCUGUGGACGAUCGAAGGGGUAAGAACACCACAACCCCAGAGAGAAACCAUUCUAGAGAAGGAGAGAAUAAUAAUGAGAUCUAUAAUACAAAAAAAAGUAACAUAAGAGAAAGAAGUGAUGAAAUGGAAAAGAUUGACAACUCAAAAGGAAAAUCUAAAAAAAUAGAACCUGGAGGAAAUGAAAUUUAUCGAAAGAUAAUCGAACUUGACGAAAAAGAGUAUCAUGAAAAAUUAAAAAAAUUUGAAAAAAAUAAAAAAAAAUUUCAAAAUGAAAUACAAAAGGAAUUUACCAAAAAUGAUAAUCCACACGAUGAUUAUUAUCACUUCAAAUAUUUGAACAAUUCAGAAAACACUAUAAAUCCUUACCAGUAUACGAAGGUCCACAAAAAGGCAAAUAUUCAGGUAACAACAUCUCCGUUUCCACAGUUCUUGAGGGACAUUCAGAUUUACAACAUAAGUCAGAAAAAAAUCAGGCUAAAAAAAACAAAUAUAACGCUCAGGAAGGACCAUGCUACUACAGGGGUCCGAGAAAAGACAGCCAACAAGAAAAAAAGACACGACAAAAAAGAGACAAAUUGA